UUCGCCUAUAUAGUCACUCACCAGGCGGUUCUCCAAUGACUUUCAAAGCUCAGAAGUCAAGCCCUAAUCUUUCUCUUUGCGAUCUGCUCUCCUUCGUCGUCAGUCUCCUCCUCAUCCUUCUCAAGUCCCUCAAAAUUCAGAUUUGUCUUUGGUGGCCUAGAGGAAGGCUUUUCUGGGUCUCGGAUAACAGAUUGUCCUACUCUUCUGUCUGCAUAAGGUAGGAAAGUUGAAUCAAAUUUCAUGUCUUCAUCGUCUUCUAGCAUCCAUUCAUGCAUGUUCUAAUAUUUUAAUGACACUAUGAAUUGAUUUUAUGUGUUGGCAAAGUGAUUAUGGUAUACUUCUAGUUCUAGGGUUUCAUAUGUCUGAACCUGGUUCCAAUUACAUUCACUUACCAUUAUCCUUUUGGUGGACAACCGAACUACUAAAGUACUGGUAAUAUAGUCUGAGCUCUGUUCCUGAUUCAAAGUACUGAACUACUAGCGUUACUAUGUUCUACACAAUUUAACAUUCAUCACUUGUGAGGAAAAAGAAGUGUGUUCUAUAUUUUGAUUGUAAUAUUUAUUUAUGGUAUAAUAAAACUACAUUGUUUAU